AUGUUUGAUGAGGAGCAAAACGAGGGUGGCGAUGUUGCCGAGGCAACGGCCCAAGGCGGUGAGGACAACUCUUUAUUGGAAACCUUGAUGGCUGAAAUCGAAAAGUUCAAAAAUGAGAAUAAACACACAAAACAAGCACUUUCAGCAGUAACUGUUAGCCAGGGCGAAGUUAGUACUUCAACUAAGAAUGCACCAUCUAGUCCAGCACAGACACUCCAAGUUGUGUAUGUUUCCCGAGAGCGUAAAAUACAAAAGUUUUCUGGUAGUCGAAAGGCAGAUGAAGAUACAGUGGAGAAUUUUGUUGACAAUGUGAAAAGUUUGAUAUCAGCUAGGAAAAUGACCCAAAUUGAACAAACAGACUUUGUGUUAUCACUGUUGGAAUCAUCAGCGACGGAAGAAGUCAAAUUGCGCCCUACAGCCGAAUGUGACACUUCUGAUAAAAUCUGGCGAGUGGAGAACCACACCACAGUUACUAAAGUCAUUCUACGAAUGAAAGCAAAAGGAUACGGAAACCCUGAGGGAGUUCUCGCAAGCGCUGUGUGGCACUACUACACCAAUUUUAGGUUAGUGUAAAAUGUACAGUUAAAUAAGCAAACCUUACCAGUGGCAGAAAUUAACAUUUUCUGGGGGGGGGGUGGAAGCAGUGUAAAUUGCUGAACAAACUUUCAAAUUUCUGGCAAACCUCAGUUGCUGUGGCGCUCAUAUUAGGAAUGGCCGUUUUAGCCCUCUUAUAGGCCAAAAUUUUUAAAAAUUUGUCAUUUGUCUGUGAAGGUGGGGGCGGGGGGAACACCCCCCCAACUUAGAUUUCUGCCACUGUACCGUACAAAAUAGAUUUUCAUCUCAAAAAGACACUUUAGUCCAUUUCAUUGAUAUAGGAAUCAUCAAGGUCGUAUCAUAUAUAAUACAGUGUUCACAUUCUUGUAUAGGCACACUGGAUUUUUGGAGUCCUUUCACAAUCAUUUGCUGAUGUAUUGUCCCAAACGCCUUUCUUACACGUAAGUACAAAUUGUGAGUUCAAUUUAUUUACGGUGUGUGAUAAAAAUAGUUUCUUAACCCAGUAACUGGCCGUGGUUUUACAAUGACAUUGAGACAUUUAUGUCCUAAGAUACACCAUCACAAUGAUUAUUGCUUCUUUUUUAUAGGAUUAUUGGAUACAAGCUAAGGAACCAACUAGCAGCAAUUGACUUUAACAAACACAGGAGUCGAGAAAUAGCCAAAACAGCAGAUGGGACACCCAG